GCCGACACUCGUGAACAGUACUAAAAAGUGAAAAGUGACUCUCAACUCUUCAGCCCCAGCGAUGUUAUAUUAUAGAUGAGUCAUCUCAUGACCUAACCUCGAAGCUCCUUGCGCCUUCGCAUCAUCCCCUUCUCCCUCGGUUUUUGUUGCUUGAUGCUGUACACGGUGUGCAUGUGUUAUGUCAUAUGCAAUUCCUCUCGGUAAUCUAUCUUUUCAGCCCCUUUAUAUCAAGAUUUUGUUUUAAAAAAGUGAAUAGAGGACAUAAAGAUGCCUGAUCUUCCAUUUCAAGUUGGGGAUUUGGCUGAGUCAAGAUCCUUUCAAGUUGGAUAUCGUGGUGCAUGGUUUCGAUGCAAGAUUAGAGAUAUUCGCACAAAAAAUGCUGCUGUAUCCCAUCAAUUGGAGUAUUUUGACUACCCUGAUCAAAAGCUAAGUUGGAUCAAGUUGUAUCAAAAGCCUCAAACUACUAUUUGCAAGUCAAAGGGCUUCAACAGGGAAUUGAUGUUGCGACCUUCAUUUCCUACUUUCCAUUAUGAAAGUGAAAAGCUUGAUGUGAAUACAACAUCAGAAGUGAUUGUUAUUGUUAAUAACCUAUGGAAAGUUGGAGAUUUGGUAGAUUGGUAUACAGAUGGUUGUUAUUGGUCUGGAAGUGUGACUAAAAUAUUGGGAAAUGAUAAAGUUCAGAUUGAUUUGCUACCUCCCCCACUGGGUGAAGGGUCAUCUUACGAAGCAUUAAGCAAGGAUCUGCGCCCUUCUUUGGACUGGUGUCCGGGAAAAGGUUGGACUGUGCCUAUGCCUAUGGGGGAUGGAUGCAUGCAACCUUGUGCUCGUAUAGUCAAUCCAGCAAAUUCAGAUGGAACAGUAAAGGUUGAUCAGCCAACAGUAAGGACAUAUUUUUCUCCUUCUCAAAAUUUGAAGGGUCUCUUGGACUGUCCAGAUAGAAAUGGUAUGGUGUUUCACGAAUCUGACAGUAAAGUUGAAAGAGCUUGUUUCUCAGAUAAUGUUUCAAGUGCCCACAUUAAGGAUGCAUCGAUUGAGAAUUUGGAGAAGGCUAAUAUCAAUGGUGGAUAUAAUGAGUAUCCCGCAAAAAAGAGAAGUAAAAAAAGCCUUUGUUUGAAUUCCAUGUCGUCUAACACGAUAGAAGCUGCAAUCAUGGACUUGGAGGAACUUGUUAAUAGGAUUAAGUGGUUAAAGGGUGUCUUGAAUUUGAGGAUGCCUUUAUCAGAUACUAAACAGCCUUCUUGGGAGUUUUCGCAACAUCAUGCACCAUGCAACUGAUUGUUUUUGUAAUCAGUUGGACCUCAGCAUACAUUGCUUUUGUCGUUAAAUAUAAUUCUCGUGUUGUAGAUAAUAGUACUUUGUCUGUACAGCUGAUUUUGGAAUAUAGUUAGUUCUUAUUUUCGGCGUUGCUCUGG